CGCUCUCUACCGCUUGCCUGUUCACAGUCCCAGAUGCUGAGGGUGGCGUAUCUACAGGGUUUUAUAAAUAAAUAGACAAUAACUUUACUGAGGUCCUUCAGGACACUUAUUAACUGUAUAGGCGUCGUGAAUGAAAAAUGAUACUGACUGUGAAACCACUACAAGGGAAGGAGUGUAGCCUCCAGGUCACCGAGGAUGAGAAGGUGUCCACAGUGAAGGAGCUGGUCUCAGAUAGACUGAAUAUCCCUCCCAAUCAGCAGAGACUGCUGUACAAAGGGAAAGCACUUGCAGACGAGCACAAGCUGAGCGAUUACUCCAUUGGGCCAGACGCAAAGUUGAAUCUGGUGGUGAGGCCAGGAGGAGAGGCGCGGGGGGCAACUGCAGGGUCCAGUGUGUGGCACAGCCUGUCUGCUGUUCUGGCCAAACAUUUCACUCCCACCGAUGCCGCCAAAGUGCAGGAGCAACUUAUCAAGGAUUAUGAGAGGUCCUUGCGGCAGCUGAGUCUGGACGACAUCGAGCGCCUGGCCAGCCGAAUGCUGCACCCGGAGACGGUGGAGAACAUGGACAUCUCCUUCCUGGACUGAGAGUCCGGGCCGGGGUUGGGGAGAGGGGGAUCUGGCUGAGCAAAGGAGAAUGAGUGCCCCAGGUGUGGCAGAGGUGCCCGAAGACCAGCCUCUACAUGUGAAUUGAGGGCACCUCGCUGUUGUUUUACACUACACCCCCUUGGCCAGUCCCGUUAUGCUUUUGGUAUUGUGGAUGACCGCAAGGGGGAAAGACUGUGCUGCAGAACA